AUGGGCAACGUGCGGGCUCAGCAAGCUCCUCAGGCUGAGGACUCCUCAAGGUCCUGGCUCGAGGAGCUGCUGAGCCCACACUGCCUUGACUACAGCAGCGGAGCCCUGACCGGCGACCUCUGUGAAGACCUGUGUGUGGCACAGAAACUGGUGUACAAACACUGCCUUUACUAUGACAGAGGUAAGAAGGUCAUCCAGGCUGACUGGAGAGGCCAGCCCAUCAUCCUGAAAUCUAAAAAGGAAAUCUUCUCCAGCUACCAGCAUCUCAGUAUGCUAGAGGAGGUGGAAACACAGGAUAUUCCUGAAACAGAGCUUCUGCUGAUGGUAGCCUUGGAGGUCAAAAAUGUCCUGGGGCUAGAACUGUCUAACAAUAGCAUGGGGCCCCUGUGGACAAGGAAGAAGGGACCACGCUGGAAAGCACAGGUGGCCAGCAUGUGGUCCUUGCUCCAGCAGGAAGAAUAUAUCUACUUCAGUUUGCUGCAGGACUUCAGCAAACACGUGCUACGAAUUAUUGGCUCUUGUGGACACUUUUAUGCUGUGGAGUAUCUCACAGCUGGACAUGCCUGGCACAAAACUCUUUUUCCCCUGGAAAACGUGGUCAGUCCCUCCCUUGCUGGCCACAGGAGGGCCAUCAUUGACAUUGCGCUCAGCUUUCUGGACAUGGUGCAGCAUUUUGAUAACGAUUUCUCUCACCGACUUCACCUGUGUGACAUCAAACCAGAAAACUUCGCUAUCAGACAUGAUCUCACGGUGGUGGCCAUUGAUGUGGAUAUGGCCUUUUUUGAACCCAAAAUGAGGGACAUCCUCGAACAGAACUGCACAGGAGAUGAAGAUUGUAAUUUUUUUGAUUGCUUUUCAAAAUGCAAUCUGAAAAUCAGAAAAUGUGGAGCACAGAGAGCCAAUAACAACUUGCAAGUAAUCUGUGACAAAAUAUUCCGUCGGUGGUUCUCCCCAAAUCCCAGAGGACCGCUGGUUUCCCUCCCCCUGCAGCUGCAGCUGCAGAAGGCUGUGCAGGAGUGUGCUGAGCCGGGGCACGUGGACGUGGCCGGGCACCCGAGGACUCCGAAAUCUCUCUCCGAGCUCUACCACCUGCUUCGGGUCACUCGGCGAGAACUGCAAAGGGCAGAGUAG